CAUGGAGGCACCGGGGGGACUGAUAUGACAAAUCUUUCUUCUGUUCUGUCAUAUUUUUAAGUUUCUUGGUGCUACAUCUUUUUAUUACCAUUGUCUUCAUUACAACCACAAGUUGACCUUUGUUCUGUUAUGUCUCACUUUAUCUGUCGUUGCUCCUUGUUACCUCUUUCAUGGUCUCUUCUUUCCCUUUGUUAUAUAAGCUCAUGUUUUUCUAUCGUGGAGGUUCAAGGCCUUAUUGGAGGGAAGGAUGGUUUGCGUAUAACUUCGAUUUUCUGGUUACUUCACAUAUAUCUUGCUUGUUUUUUUUUAAUUAACUAAUGGCUAUUGUUUCUUGACCUUUGUGUUUGUUCUACAGAUAUCACUUCACUUCGUAGAUGUAAGAUAUGUCUUGUAAACGAGUUUGUUCUUCUAUCUUAUCCUCCCAUGCAAAAGGCUCGACAAAUUCAGCCCAAGACCCUACAUUUUAGUGGAGGAGGAUGCUUUGAUCGGCUGGUGAUGGUUUUGAUGGAUAGUUUUUGUCUUCUCUGCGCUACAUCUUCAGGUUUUGGAUGAUGCUUUUAUCGAUGAGAGUGAUCGCUUUAAUUGACACGCUUCUUCUCUGUGCUACUUCUUCAAAGGGUUUUGUUCUUCCUCUUAACACGUCUUUUACUUCUUUUUUUGUUUUGUUUCUUCGUUUUGCAGGUCUUUUGGAAGCAUACCAUGAUCCAAUCAUCACGCUUCUAAUCCAUGUUAUUGUCUUCAAGCGUUCUCAUGGGUUCCUUGCUUUAAACUCAUCUCUAUUUGCUUCUUUAUUGUCACUUUGGUUCGGUGGUUUUGUCUUAUCUUCUAGUUACAUAAAUAUUUUUUGUUUUGUUGGUUUACAUUUGUGGAGGAUGAUCCUGCGAUUGAUCGGUGAUGGCUUUGACUGAUCGUUGUCACUCUCUUACUCAUGUUGCUCUUCUAGAGUUUGGUUUCUAAAUUGAUCAUUCAAGGCUUUUUUAUUAUGUUCAUGCGAUUUUUAACUCUACUUGGCUCUGUUCAUUUUAGAUUGUGGAGGAGGAUGCUUUGAUCUGUUGGUGACAGUUUUGAUGGCUUGUAUUUGUCCUCUCUACGCUACAUCUUCAGAUCAUGAGGAACUUGGAUUACUGUGUGGGAUGUUCAAAGUGAAAAAACAAACAUUGUGGGAGCGUUUGAUUUCUGAGUUUAACUUCCAGGUCGUGGAAUGUCGAGAAUGUGGAGGUAGUUCCAUUUUGUUAACUUUCCAUCUACAGUAUUCUCUGUUACCUCGUUGGUGGUUUUUCUCUUUUCUUUGGAGGUAUGGUCAUUUUUUCUUCCCCUUUUCUCUUUUUCUCUUUCUGAUUUCAUGAUUUGCAUUUUUCUACCAUUUAAGUGCUAAUCACUUCUGUUUGGGAUGGUGUUUCUCUUUCUAUGUGAAUUUCAAUGAUGCAAGUAGAUGUUCUAUUUAGACUUGUUUGCCUAGAUUCCUUUCAAGUCUACAAGUUGUCUCAACAGGGCUGACUGAACUUGGUGGGGAUUCCAUCUUUUUGGGUUUAUUUGUCUUGGCGCCUUUGUCUGUCUGUUAUUUUCUUCUGAUUGUUAUAUGAUUACUGUGUAUUUCUAAGCUUUGAUUUCCUCAUUAGUUGCUGAUCUCAAUUGGUAUGUUUCAUUUUUUUUGGUUAUUAUUUGUCCUGUGUGUGUCUUCCAGCUGGAUUUCUUUCAUCCAUCACUUGACUCUAAUCUUUUGCAGUCUACUAACAGUCAGAUGAAAGAUGACCGUAAGUUCUUUUGUUAUAUGGGUUUGUACUUGUUACUUUGACCUUUUUAAGAUAAAUAUAUCUACUAACGUAGUUUUUGUAUUGAAUAUCUUGGAGUCUUUUACGACUGUUCUAGUCUGAGCUCAUCUUGUGCAGAAAGCUAGACAUGUUGAUUCAUGAGUCAUGAGUCAUGACCGUUGUUAACAACCAGUGAGGUGGCUUUUAUGUUGUGGUGUAGAUUACUUGUUGCACCUUGUAGUCAUAAAACGGCCAGUCUGCCACAAUGAACUUUCACUUUUCUAAAUUGCUUGGGUGGUCUUUUCUUAUUUACUUGUCUAUUUCUUGUUGAUUAAGAUUGUGGAGGAUGCUAUAAAUAUUGAUCGGUGAUGGCUUUGAUUGAUUGAGAUUGUGUCACACGUUUUCUCUUUUUGCCGGUGUCCUUUCUCCCACAUUCAGUUCCUAAGUAGAUUAUUUUUUCUGUAUGUUGAUACAGAUCGUGGAGGCAAUGGGAUUUCUAUGUUGAGUUGAAUGUGUCUUCUCGGCUAUCAUUUUUUGGUUUCUUCUGAUUUCUCUGUGCUGCAUCUUUUUUUGUUUUUUUCCCCCGAAUAACACAACUGCCUGUUAUAUCAACAAUCACCUCUGUUAUAUUCGGUCUCAGUUGAUCUUUGAUCUCUCGGCAUUCCAUGUUACCUCUUUGCCGGUUUCUUAUUUCUCUCUGUUUCCUUAUUAGGGUCUAUCUGUAAUUUUCUUCUGAUUGUUAUAUGUUUAUAGGGUAUUUUUAAGCUUUGAUUUCCUCAUUGGUUGCCGCAAGGAAUGAUCUCAAUUGGUAUGUUUCAUUUUUGUUAUUAUUUCUCUUCUGUGUGUCUUCCAGCUGGAUUUUUUAAUGUCUACUAACGUAGUUUUUGUAUUGAAUAUAUUGGAGUCUUUUAGGAUUGUUCUAGUAUGAGCUCAUCUUAUGCACAAAGCUAGACAUAUUCUUGUUACACAGGUUAACAGUAAGAUUUGGACAGUGCCAUUGGGAAGUCUUCAACAUUAUUUUGCCAUGUUAUAUGCUUGUGAUUGUGGUUUUUUUUUUUUUUUAAUGUGAAGUGUUUAAUCUUACUCUCAUAUGCUUUUGAUGGUGGUUUAGAUGCUAAUCACUUCUGUUUGGGAUGGUGUUUUCUCUUUCUUUGUGAGUUCAUUAUCCAUGAAUUUAUAUGAUGCAAGUAAAACUUCUGUUUGGACUUGUUUGCCUAGAUUCCUUUCAAGUCUACAAGUUGUCUCAACAGGGAUGAACUUGGGGCUUCCAUCUUUGGUUGAUUCAGGUGUAAUGAGCUUCUUUUUCCUGGGUUAGAUUCUUGGUAUUAAAGAGAAGUAAGCUGUGAAUUCCUCACUGGUUGCCUCUAGGAUUGAUCUCAACUGGUAUGUUUCAUUUUUGUUAUUGUUUUCUCCUCUGUAUAUCUUAUUGUAUUUUCCCAUGAUUUCUUCAUCAAUCAGUUUACUCUGAUCCUUUGCUGUCUACUCACAGUGAGAUGAAAGAUGAUCAUUACAUCCUUUUAAAAUGGGUUUGUACUUAUUUUCUGUCGUUUUCAUGAUGGAUGUGUUUACUUCAGUAGAGUUUUUGCAUUGAACAUCUUCAAGUCUGAGCUUUUCAGGUUUUCAUUCCUCUUUCCUUCUUGGAUCUUCUGCAAUCUGUUGAUUUAUAUAUUAUAUUGCCUGCAUUUUGAUUCCUCAUCUACCUCGUUCGAUUCGCAUUUUUGCUUAUGCCUGAUUCUUUUGUUAAGUCUUUUUUCAUAGAUAUUUCAGGUUACUACUUGGUUUCUUCCUUGUUUAUCCAUUUUGGUGUGCUACAUCUAUUCCUAGUUCUUUUUUUUUUUUUUUUAAUCUCAAUUUUAUAUGCUUGUGAUGGUAGCUAAUCUAUUUAUGAAUUGCUUCUCAUCAUAAUUGGUAUGUUGAGGAUGUGAAGGAGCCAGACUCCCUUUUUGAUUUUUUGGCAUCGAAGAUUGAAUUAGUAUUUAUAGAUUUGUUUUUUUUUCACUUCUUCUGUUUUGGUCACCAGUCACCACUAUAUUUGAGGGAGAUGUGAUCAGCUUUCCUUCCUUGUAGUCGCAGUUUUGGAUUCCUGCGUGUAGAUCUUUUGGUGUUUCUAAUGAUUGUAUCUAAUCUAAUACAGUAACAGACUGAUUCUGAUUAGUAAAUUAAAGUCUCAAAUCUUCCUUCCAUUGAAACGUUUGUUCAAACUUCAAAGUUCAAACUACACAAAGCGCACCGUUUAAGAAUUGUUCAUGGACAUAUCGACUUGGCCUGUUAUUUAAUUGAAUUAAUUGGGCCUAUAUAUGGAUUCGCACAAGACUGGGUUUGUAAAAGAACUGGCUAAUAGCAAGACACGUGGACUGACCCCAUAAAUUAACAAGUGGAGACCGCUUAUCAUAAGUGUUGGUUGGUUGGUUUGGUUGAGUCAAGAACCAUGGCUCUGUUUCAAGGGAAGGUGUCACUGUCCUCAAGUUAUUCGUCGUUUCAUUCUCUUCCGAGGUUAGUCGUUCCCAAGCCUCUUAGUAGCAGAGGCGCAGUGACAAGGUCCCGUUCGACUUGCAGAGCUUCGUGGCAAGAGCUCGCCGGAGUAUUGGUUUUCUCGGCGAUACCUUUCACGGCGGUUAAAGCAAUCGCGAACAGCUCAUUGGGAGAAUCUUUGCGGCGGAGAUUGGAAGAGAAAAAGAAAGAAGCCGUUGAGACUUCUUCAAGAUUCAAAGCUAAAGCUCAAAAGGCUAGAACCGACAGCAAGUGGUAUGGGGAAGAACGUCCCCGUUGGUUUGGUCCAAUCCCAUAUGAUUACCCGCCAUACCUUACAGGAGAACUUCCUGGGGAUUAUGGAUUCGACGUUGCUGGACUUGGCAAGGAUCGUUUCACUUUUGAUAAGUACUUCAACUUUGAAAUACUUCAUGCUCGUUGGGCCAUGCUUGCAGCGUUGGGUGCUCUAAUCCCUGAAAUAUUUGAUCUCACGGGAGCUUUCCAUUUUGCUGAACCUGUAUGGUGGCGAGUUGGUUACUCGAAGCUUCAGGGAGAAACGUUGGACUACUUGGGCAUUCCGGGGCUGCACUUAGCUGGAAGCCAAGGUGUCAUUGUAAUCGCCAUUUGUCAAGUACUCUUGAUGGUAGGACCGGAAUAUGCAAGAUACUGUGGCAUUGAGGCGUUAGAGCCACUGGGCAUAUACUUGCCAGGGGACAUAAACUAUCCCGGAGGGACGCUUUUUGAUCCCUUGAACCUCUCUGAGGACCCGGUAGCUUUUGAAGAUCUUAAGGUUAAAGAGAUUAAAAACGGGAGACUAGCUAUGGUCGCAUGGCUUGGAUUCUAUUCACAGGCUGCUUUCACUGGAAAAGGUCCUGUUCAAAAUUUUGUUGACUAUGUCUCUGAUCCCUUACAUAACAAUCUGGUAGCCAUGCUUCUUCAGACAUGAAGAGUCUACUAUGUAUGUACAUAUGUCAAAAAAAAAAAAGACAAUGCGUGAAUAUGUUUAACACCAUAUGUUACUUAGUACAUGAUAACUAUAACCAACACUUUAUCUAUUUCUAAAUACUAAAUCCUGUAAUUGGCAACUUGAGGAAUUUGUAAAAGAACAAUCAAUAGAAUGUGUAUAGUGUGUUGUUUUAA